CACCAAUCAGAGCAGUGGAGUGACCUAACCUCUUUUGGUUGUUUUUAGCACGUGCCAUAAUUAUCAUUAUUUGGGAAGUGCCUUCAAAAUGGACAGUAAUUCAGUUAACAUAGACGCUGACAACUUCGAACCUGCAAAAAAGGGUGCAAAGCGUCGUGUCAAUUCUGUCGGUGAUGGAUCUAUGGAGGUGGAUUCUCAUAAUGGUAUCGAAGGUCGAAGUCGCAAUAAACCACCACGUGCAAAGCGAAGUAAAACAACCUCGUUUUCUGAAACUAAAGAAAAUGUACGUAAAAUUCCUGUACCAUCUCACCGAUACCCACCGUUGAAAGAAAAAUGGUUGAAAAUAUUUUCUCCGAUUGUGGAACAUCUGCAAUUGCAAAUUCGCUACAAUGUCAGAACUCGAAAUGUAGAAAUACGUACGUGUGAAGAGACUAAAGACAUAGCUAACUUGCAAAAGGCAGCCGAUUUUGUUAAGGCAUUUGUGUAUGGAUUCGAUGUGGAAGAUGCCCUAGCAUUACUUAGAUUGGACGAUUUGUUUAUUGAAUCAUUUGAAAUUAAGGAUGUAAAAACUCUGAAAGGUGAUCAUCAGUCGCGAGCGAUAGGCAGAUUGGCCGGUAAAAGUGGCCGUACAAAGUUCACAAUUGAAAACGUUACCAAAACAAGAAUUGUCCUAGCAGAUAGCAAAAUUCAUAUAUUAGGCAGUUUUCAAAAUAUUCAAUUGGCACGACGAGCCAUUUGUAAUUUAAUCAUGGGUUCCCCACCGUCUAAAGUAUAUGGACAAUUGCGGAAUGUAGCUGCUAGGGUUUCUGAGCGUGUUUAAAUACUACCAUACUUGGUAAUUAUAAUUUAUUGUGUAUAUUUUCGUUAGCAUUAAAAUUGUAAUGUAUU